CUUGAAGGGGCCUAGGAGCCAUUUCCCAGGCAGCUAUAAAAUCACGGCGGAUCCCUAGUCAGUGACCGCACUGAGAUCAGAGAUACAACUUCAGAACUGUAAGCAGCUAACUUCCCCAAAUGCCGUACUAUUCCAGGGGCGAUGACGAUGUGGACGACUUUGAUGAGUACGAUCCAACGCCAUACGGUGGUGGAUACGACAUUACUCUCACCUAUGGUCGCCCCAUUCCUCCGUCUGCUGAGACUUGCUACCCGAUCUCAUCUUCGACUUCUGAUGAAUUUGACUAUGAUCGUCCACAAUAUAAGUCCUAUGCUGAACCAUCUGCUUAUAAUGAAGAUGCCUUGAAUACUGAGUACAGCAGCUAUGAUCGUCCCGAGCCCAGGCCUGCACCGGCAUUCAAUCCGGGUGGAGAACCUGGAGGCCAGUACGGGAAGAGGCCUGAGCCUGCUCAUGGCUUCGAGCCUGAUGUGAAUAGGCCAGAUUACGGGGGAUCAGCGUACGGUACUGGGUAUGGUCGGAAGAGUGCGUACGAUCAACCCAGUUCGGAUUACGGAUCUGAGUACGGUCGGAAGAAUGAAUACGAUCAGCCUAGUUCGGAUUAUGGAUUAGGGUAUGGUCGGAGGCCGGAGUAUGAGGCACCCCCUCCGGAAUAUGGAUCUGGAUAUGGUCGGAGGCCGGAGUACGAGGCACCCCCUUCGGAGUUUGGAUCUGGGUAUGGUCGGAAGCCGGAGUACGAGGCACCCCCCUCGGAAUAUGGAUCUGGAUACGGUCGGAAGCCGGAAUACGAGGCGCCUAGUUCGGAAUACGGAUCUGGGUAUGGUCGGAAGCCGGAAUAUGAGGCACCCACUUCGGAAUACGGGUCUGGGUAUGGGCGGAAGUCCGAAUAUGAGGCACCCACUUCAGAAUAUGGAUCCGCUUAUGGACGAAGAACUGAGUAUGAGACAGGCGAAUCUGAAUAUGGAUCCGGUUAUGGUCGCAAGCCCGGCUACGGGGAGGGAGAGGGUGGAGGAUAUGGUUAUGGGGGAAGAACUGAACGGCCUGACUACGAGGAUGAGCCGCCGAGGAGACCAGGUUAUGGAAGGCCAACUCAUGAGAGCCAGGAAGGGGGAGAAUAUGACCAUGGGCGCUCAGAGGAGCAGUACAGCAGGCCUAGUUAUGAGAGGCGUGAUGAUGAUGAUGAUGAGCCUCGUAAGUAUGGCUAUGGACGUAAGAAACAUGGAGAUGAUAGCGGCGAUGAUGAUGAUGAUGAGAAGAAGCACCAUCGCUACAAGCAUCACCACCACAAGAGUUACGAUGAUGAGUAAUCAAAAUGCAGGAAAUUGGAGAUUCUAGAAAAUGCAGGAAAUUGGAGAUUCAGCUUUAGAAUCGAAGUCAUUCCAGAAUUACCUACUAAAUAAACAUCUGAGCCAUGUUAAUGUGGAGUGUUGUGGUUUGCCUUGCCAUGUGUGCCUUUCUAAGUGAUCGGUUUGGGCAUGUCUGCCUUCAUGUGUGUUACUGUUAUUGUGGUCUGUGAAGUCUGUACUUGAAUAAAAAUAAACUAUCAGCAUGAACCGUUGGUGUUGUUUGGCUUUUAAGUUAUAAAGAAAUCCUAAAUAGAUGGAUUGAUUUA